AUGGUUUGCCCAUUAAUCAAAUCAGUGUCCACUCUACUUGGACUAUCGACAGAAUCUACUGACCUGAAAUUUAUGCGAAACAUGUUGUCCAAAAAAAAAAAUCUUUUUGAUCGAGCUGACGAAAAACUGGAAGAAAUCGCUCGAAAAAUCGACUGGAAUCGAGCAAUGCGGGCCAACGAAUGCAAUCGUCGUCAAGUGCAAGCAUUCAUAUUAGGACUAACUAAGCUAGCAAUUGUAGGAGCCGAGAUUGAGAUUGCAUACUACAGUGAAAAGCUUCCUACCUAUAUCUCGAUGAUCAUACCUCAAAUAAAUACGAUGCGUGUGGCCAUGAAAAAAUAG